AGUCAUGUGGGCAAACAAUAACCCUGCCAGGGGCUUUGAGCUGAACUUGGCGCGCGGAAGGAAGCAAAGCAGCUGCUCACCAGGAUGGAUGUAUAGUAUCGGCGAUGCUUUUGUUGGCUUAUCCGCAGCAGAUGAGUUGCCAGAUGGUUACGCAACUAGUGUGGGUUAUGGUGAACGCUUUCGCAGUGGUGAAUUCCUGCCACUGUUAUCAGACUACCCACUUCUAAUUUAUCUGCUCAUUUUAGGCAUUUUGGUAACUAUAUGCGGCAUUGCAUAUGUCAUAUACCGUUGGCGAGUGGGCACGCCGCUCUAUCGCUACUUGGACAAUGAAAUCAGUAAAGAAUUGAGCAUGUGGUUUUGCAUGUGCUACAUUUUGGUCGUGAUAACUUGCGUGUUCUUAUUCUUUUCUAUUGCUAUAAUGCUCACCGCUAAUAAAAAUAUCCGUAAAACGAAGGAAGAUCGUGCUUGGCGUCUGAAGCUUGCCGACGAAAGCAUUAAUGAAAUCAUAGACAAAUUGGAAAAUGUCAAUUUUGCACGCCCUUUGGAGAACGUCAAUCAACUCUCGACCAAAUUUCACAGAGCCAUUGAAAAAAAAGCUCAACCAUAUUUAGGCGAAAGCUUUCGAAGCGUAGAUAAUUUGAAUCUAGUGAACUACAAAAGUGAUAUUGAUGAAUUAUUGGAGACGUUCGCGCACUGUAAUGCCUAUAUGUUGCAUUUCUUGGACUCUUGGCGCUACUAUGACACAAACGCAACGAGAUUCGCGAAGAUUGUGAAUACCAUGGAGAGUCGGAAAGCUCUGCAAUCGGUACGUAGAGUGAGAGAGGACUUCGCAAAUGUCGUAUACAAGGUUAUGCAACAAAAUCGCGCAUUCUACAACUAUUAUCGAGAACUUGAAACUCUAUCUGACGAAAUGCUAACGGAACAUGUCAAAAAUAACGAUAGAAGUCUGGAAUUCGCAAAUACCAUCGAUAAAAAUUUGCAAAAUAUUGAAACUAAAUUGAAGGCACUCGGCACUAGUUUGCAGCAGAGAGCAAAUAAGAUGUAUGAACUUAAAGAAAACCUGCGUGAAGUCUCGAGGGGCGCUGGAUAUAUCGAGUUUCCGGAUACUCUCAUAACCUUUGGAUAUGUUGCAAGCAUAUUAAUGAUGUUGAUAGUUUUCCUCGCACUUAUAUUCAUGCCACUUUGGUACCUUGGCUCGCUAUAUUGCCGCAAAUGUAAAUGGAUUGCAGGCAUUUUGCCGCUGACCACUGCAGCUUUUAUAUUUGUAUUCUACCUGGUAUUUGUGCUGACAAUAAUGUACUACUUUCUGCAUGGAAUGGUGGCGAAGGAUGGCAUAUGCGAUGGAAAGCGUGCCGUCGAUGCUGCCAGAUCCGACAUUAUUGACGAUUGCAUAAUCAACUCUGCAAUGUUCGACAAUUACAGUCACAAGAGUGCCAAAAGCAUCUACGACACUAGCACGAGUGAUAUCGAAGCGGCUUUAAAGACGAUUGAAACCCUGCCGAAACGUGUGAAACGCGCAACAACUACCAAACCGAGUUCCACCGAAAACUUUGAACGGUUUCGCAUCAACAAAACCAUAAUACAGGACAUAUAUGUGGAAAUGUUGAAAGUCGCAGUGUAUGCGCCUAAAAAUAUAGAACCAUUCGCUUUAAUCUGGCACGCCAAUCGGCUGACUAAAAUUAAAGCUCUGCAAGAGCUCAAUUGUACACAUGCCAUUGGCAACACUAUGGCUGUGUCGCUGCACGGACAAGUGGCCAGCGAAAUGGAUAAAUUAUACAGAACCACAUGGCGCGUCGAGGCAUUGCUACAAGACCUACCCACACAAUUGAAAGCCAAUAGGGAUGGCACAGGCGAAUUUGACGGCAUAACGGAAUUAACGAAAAAUUUACGUGCGAUCUUCAAUGCGGGCAAAGAGCCACUAAGGAGGAGCAUAUCCCAAUCAGCGAGCGCAAAGGGUACUAACUGUAAAUCCGUAGCGCAGCUCUACAAGUCACUAAAGACGCCGGCUUGUGAGUGUCUGGUGCCAUCAAUGAAUCUCUACUGGUUUGGUGCAUUUGUUGCGAUUUGCUUGUUGCUACUGCUGCUGCCACUCAUAUUGUGUCUAGAAGAAAUGAUUAGAAGAUCUGCCUUGUCAAAUAGAGAGUCAAGAAGUCGCUUAAAGCCAAGCAAGUCACAUCAUAGCCAUCGUGGUAGAGGAUCGUCGCGAACACGAAGCUCUAGUCGACCAGGUACAGGACAUUCUACACGUAGCAACACUUCAUAUUCUACACGCAACAAUACACCAUAUUCCACACGCGCCGGUACACCACACUCCACUCGACCCAAUUCACCCUACUCCAAUCGCUUAGAUACACCCUACUCCAGUCACGCCGCCACACCAUACUCCACCCGCGCUACAACACCAUAUUCCAGCCAUCCAGACACGCCAUAUACCUCCCGCUCGAACUCACCACACUCUAGCCGUCGCGUUACACCAUACACAAGUCGACAUGUUUCUCCGUACGCUGGGACACCGCAUAUCACACGCGCGAGAAGUAACGAACGAACGCCCACGAGAGGCACAAGUUUGGCACUAAAACAUCCACCCGAAAAUGCACCAUAUUUAGUGGACUACAGAAGAUUUGGUGUAGACGAUCCUUUUGUUGAACAAUUUACAGAACGUUUAAGUCGGCGUGACAUGUUGCCACGCCACCUACAGCGGCAACAACAGCAACAACCCAGUCAAGGAGAGCACGAUAUGAAAGACAACUUUACGUUCGAAUCAUAUCCGGAUAUGCCGGCUAAGCUACUGCAAGCCCGUUCUCUUGAGCGUAAGCCCGAUAAGCGUAAAGAACCGAGGAAUGUGUGGAAGAACGAGGCAUUUCGUUAUCCCGGUCCUGGAGGCAGUGACAUCAGCACAAUGCUACAAUGCUUUCGUGGUCCUCGCAGCAUAUCAAAAACACUGGAACAACGUGGCCGUAGCCAGCCGAGUGAGAGAAGCGCGAACGUACAUCACAAAGAACCAACUCUAAUAGCACAGCGGAGUACAAACGAGACAUUAGUUGAUGGGCCCACAACUAGUGGUGCGAUACCAAAAAUCAAAUUACCACCCGGUAAGGUGGGCAUCGUUGUUUGCCCCUGUGGUUGUGGGAAACCGUCGAAAAUCUAUGGUACCAAGCAGGACAUAGAGCGUAUCAGAAAGGCGGGAAAAAUUUGCAUAGCAAAACGGGGGCAACAAUUGAAAGAUAAAAGAUUAAGGCCACUCGCAUCGGUUGUGGAAUUGAAGGGCACCGAGGAGGGCAAUGAAGACGUGGCUUAGUGGCGACUAAUGUUCUUGUAAAUUUAUAUUUUUAUGCAAAGAAAACAGAAAUCAAUGAAAAUAUAUAAAAUUUUACUUAGA